GAUGCAAUUCGAUGACCUUUUGCAGUAUCUAGGGGAGUUUGGAGCUUUUCAGAAACGUGUAUAUUUGUUGCUGUGUCUGACCUGUAUCGUUCACGGUAUGCGGAUGGUUGUGUUGGUCUUUCUGUUGUACACCCCGAGACAUAGUUUGAUCUUGUGUGUGACAACGCCAUGAAGAGAUCCCACGCAACAAUGACGUUUUAUGGCGGCUUUCUCAUCGGAGUUUUUGUUCUAGGCGCUGUGUCUGACAUAAUUGGACGGAAGCGUUGUCUUUUCUUGUCAUUGACCCUCCUACUGCUCCUGGGAACGGGGCUGGCGUUUGCCCCGUCAUUCCUUGCCUUCGCCAUCCUCAACUUUUUUGUCGGAGCUGCUACCACCGGGAUAUUUUCUUCUGCCUUUGUUAUUGGCAUCGAGCUGGUUGGACCGUCCAAGCGCACGUACACGGCCAUGCUGAUUCAGCUGUUUUUCUCCUCUGGUGUGGUCGCUCUUGCAGGCCUGGCUUACCUUGCGCACCACUGGGUUCACCUGGAGCUGAUCAUAACCAUACCUUUGGCCCUGUUCUACCUCACCUGGUGGUUCAUCCCGGAGUCUCCAAGAUGGCAAAUACAGAGGGGCCUCUAUGGCCCGGCGAGAGAGACGGUAGCAAAGGCGGCAGCUGUCAACAGGACAAGUGUACCGGAUGACGUCAUAGAAGCAGUCAUGCCUUCGGGAAGAGAGAGACUCGAAGAAAAGGAAACGAGGAUAAACGGCGGGAAAGAGAGCGUUUCUUUGGUCAAGGUAGUGUCGCCCCUUUCCCCUGCUGUGUCAAAAGAACAGGAUGAAAGUGAAGAGGAGAUGCUCAGGGAAAAAGACCAAAGAGGAAGACUUGUUGAUCUGUUCAAAAGUAAAGUGUUGUUUCUGAGGACAAGUGUGAUCUUUUUCAACUGACUACCAGUGGGUCACGGUAGCUCUUGCCAUGUUGGGAAAGUUUGGAGCAGCAGGAGGGUUUGGCACCAUCUACAUGUACUCGACUGAGAUCUACCCUACAGUCAUACGGAACUCUGCCUUAGGAGCUAGCUCCAGUUGGGCCCGAGUGGGCGCCAUGUUGGCCCCCUAUGUGGCAGCCCAGGGUGCCCGAACUGGAGGUUCUCUAGGAAAGGGGAUUCCCCUCCUCGUGUGCGGCUGCCUCAUACUCAAUGCUGCAGUUCUGUCAAUCGUUCUCCCGGAAACCCUCCAUCGCAAACUUCCAGAAACAAUAAUGGACGCUAAACUAUUUUCAAGGUCAACCAAAGGGACCAGGGACCAGGCCUGACUUUGGGAGACCAACAGGAGCAGCCUGAACUUUAUAAGUAGCAUGCAUGUAUUAUAAUUUUAUACAUUUAAUCUAUAUUCUGAUUUAUGCCUUAUCUAAUGCUUUCUCCAUUAAAUUGAAUUUUGACAAUACUUCC